UUUGAAUUAGAAGAAAAUCUUGAUAAGAUUGAAUAGUCUAUGAGGCCGAACGCUAAUUUUUUAUUUGAAGAUAAAUAGUGUGAUAUUUGGUUGAAUUCCGAGGUAGGAUUAGAAGAACAACCUUCCAAAGAUGUGCACGGUCGAGAAGCGGGGCAAUCUCUUCAUCCUAACCAUCACCGGCGAUGACGAGCACCGCCUCAGCCCCUCCUUCAUCGCCUCCAUACUCAAAGCUCUUUCCAAAGUCAAGUCCGAAGCCUCCCCAGGCUCCGUUCUCAUCACUACUUCCCAUGGAAAAUUCUUCUCUAACGGUUUCGAUCUCUCCUGGGCUCAAGCCGCCGGCUCUGUUUCUGCCGCCGCCGAACGCCUCCACUACAUGGUCCAGAUCUUCAAGCCUGUUGUCGCCGAACUCCUUUCCCUCCCUAUGCCCACAAUCGCCGCCAUCGCCGGUCACGCCGCCGCGGCCGGCUUCUUAUUAGCUCUCAGCCAUGAUUAUAUGAUCAUGCGGAGCGAUCGAGGCGUUCUGUACAUGAGUGAAGUAGAUCUAGGGCUAACUCUGCCCGAUUAUUUCUCGGCGCUGUUUAAAUCGAAGAUCGGCUCGAGCUCUGUCCGCCGCGAUUUGUUACUGACGGGAAUGAAAGUGAAAGGCGAAUCGGCGGUAAGGAUGGGGAUCGUCGAAUCGGCGCACGAAGGCGCGGACGGCGUCAUGAAGGCUGCCGUAAGGCUCGGGGAACAGUUGGCGGAGAGAAACUGGAACGGUGAACCCUACGCGGAAAUCAGGAAAAGUCUUUACCCUGAGAUCUCUCGGCUGCUUGGAUUGCCGGAAAAGUUCUUCUCGAUUUCUAAGCUCUGAGAAUCGAAAAAGUAAUUGUUCAUCUCAAUUGGCAAUUGUGCUAAUUUAUGAUGCGAAUAUCAUGAUUAGUAAUAAAUUUCCUGUGCCGUCUUUAUUUUAAAUCCAUCGUGUUUUCUCGUAAUCUGAAAGCUGUGAUGAAGAAUUUACAUUGAGGGAUGACCGGAUAAUUGUUUGUCGGGACGCCAACAGCCGGCAACCGUCUGUGACAAUAGCUAUGUUGCCGGUCCUAUAGGUGUCUAUUUGUUCGGCCUGAAGUUUGAGUUCUUUUUUUAGUAUGCAA